CUAAACUACAGCAUGACGACCACUGCUUGGCCAACAACAGGCCUUGAAAUCAACCCCCCAUCCGAUAUAAUGGAUAUACACUCUGAUCAAGAGCCUGAUUUGCCCAACUUCGAUGUUGAUAUCGAUUUCGACUUACCUCGAUCCCCCGUCGCGUAUAACGACGACGUCUCCUUGAAAGACGCUGUUCUGGAUGGUGAGGUCGACGUUCAAACUGCUCCAGCCGAUCAAGACGACUUCAUGGUGGACAACGAAGAUGUCAUCGAAGAAGAUACUGUUGCAUACGACGAAGAUGCUGUGAUCGUUGACCAAACGUCCACGAACCAGAUUGAAGCCGAGCAACAUGCUACAACACCCAUCGAAGACGACCUGAUCGAUUACUCUGACGAUGAAGAAGAACACCCAGACUCGACUGACAUUACCACCUCUAAACCUAGCGGUGGGCUGGAAACAGCGGAACCGGACGUCUCGAUACCUGCUCCUAGCGCAGCGAACACCGGUACCGAAUCUGUGCCUGGUGAAGCUGAGGAACAGGAAAACGUAGCACAUGAAACGUCUGGCGAUGCUGGGCAAGGUUGGCAAGAAGUUGAUGCCCAUCAGGAUGAGUCACAUAUUGACCCCAAUACCAAGCCGUUGGAUGACGAGUAUCAAGAAGAAGCAUCUAAUCAAGCCGAAGUCGACCUUAGCACAGCACAUCCGGAAGAUGACCAAGGCUCGAAUGCGGGCCAAGAACGGCAAAAGCAGGAUGAUCCCGAAGCCUUGACGUACGCUGCGCCCGUUUCUGAUGAGAUACACAGCCCGUCUGGAGAAGAAGUAGAACUUCAUCCUGUUACCAUCAACUACAGUGGUGCUGAACUGUGGCUCUUCAGACAUCACGAUUACGAGGACAGCGGUGAUUUUCUAAUUGAGGAUACAUCAACCACAAAUCAACCGAUCAGCAGUGUCCUGGAAGCCUGCCGGGCAGCUCUCGGCUCCGCUGUCACCGAUGAUAUCGAAUUGGGCUUUCGUUUGGACAACUUCCGUGACAUAGAAUUGUACCAGGACCAUAGUUCAUGCGCGUUCAUCACAUUAGAACACCUCGUGGGACUGUAUCUUCAGCUCCACGCGCAAGACGGUGUGUCUGAGCCCGAGUCUUUCUAUAUGACUCUUUUGUCUCGCCCUCGGGUGUCUGCACUCUUCACUGCGCUGAAUGAGGCUGCUACAGAAGGCAUUGGACACACUGGCCUAGAAAAGGCUAUUGCUGCGGGACUAACAUCGUUCAAUGCCCGUUUGUCGCACAAUCCAACAGCAAAUAGCUACGGUGACUGGGAGAAUGAUGAGCAGCACCAAGAGCAAGAUGCAGAAGUCGUGAAUGAAUCCCAUGACGACGACGAAGAGCACGGGCAAGAAGAAAUCGAGACUGAGCAAGAGCACGUGAGAGCGGGAUUAGACCAAAUCCAGACUCAGAACCAAGAAGGCGAUCCCCAGGCAUCAGAACAGACUGUAGAAGUCGAAGAAGCGGCUGUACCACCGCAAGGCGUGACAACAGUAGACGGCGCAUUGCCGGAACCCGAAAUCGUGACACUGAAUGCUACAGAUGACGCCGAUGCUCAAUCUUUUGCGAUUACUUCACCCCAAGGGGACAAGGAAAACGCUGGGGAUGAUAAGGCGCAAGGACCCCCGAGUCAGCAGGAAGAGGACGAUUUCGUUGAUUAUAGCGAUGAUGAAGGCGAGAAUGAUGCCGAAAAUGAACAAUCAGCACACCAUAUUUCUUCGGUCUCAUCGACCGUGCAAGGUGACGAGGCGUAUACUGGUCAAGAUGUUGAUCAAUAUACAUCUGGCCAAGCGCUUUCUCAGCAUGGUGAAGAGGCUUCGAAUGAGUACCAAGACGAUGCAGAUGCCGGAACAUAUGCAGAGUACAACACUCUCGACCAAGGAUUCGAUGCUCAAGCCUACGAAGAAGAGUACGGCGAGCAGUAUGGCGAGCAAGAGCAUACGGAUAUCUAUGGUGCUGAAGACACGUUCCCAUCCCAGUACCACGAAGAGAACGAUGAUACUAACAAUUACAAUCUUGGGCCCGAGGAUCAAGCCACUGAGUACUAUGACGACUCAACUGCAGAUGUAGACGGCAGCUACGAUGCUCAAGUAACAAUCGCGGGAGGUGAUUCGACCACCGUGGAGGACUUUGAUGACUUCGACCUCGUAAAUGCGACUGCCGACGUAAAUUCCUAUGCUGUUGUCGAUAACGACGAGCAAAUCGACGAGUAUCACCACAACGACGAGGAUGGUGGGAGCAGUCACGCUCCGGUCGCUACCGCGUCUGUGGAUGCAGACCCCGUUGUAACCUUGUCUUCGGAAUCAUUGAACUUGUCUCCUCAAGGGCAGAAAAGAACCAUUGACGAGGUUAUCAAUGAUGUGGGGGAAGCAACCGACCCGUCAGGUGUGUUAUUCUUUCCGAACUCGAGCUACCCUUGGACUUGCGCUGACAUAUGCCAACCAGAUGCAAAACGACCGCGAGUGUAGACCACUCCCCCUGUCCUCGUCGACACUGAUGGUCAUGUUUACUAACACC